GGAGAGGCUUUGGAUUAGGACGAUCUAAAGUGAAACGCAUACUUAUGCAUUAAUGCUAUGUAUGUACAGUCAGCUCUCGUUAAUCCGACACUGUUUAAUCCGACAAUCACAUUAAUCAGACAAAAUAUUACGGAACCAUUUAAAACAGUGAUAACGGAUUAACGAGAGUUGACUGUACAUACAUAGCAUUAAGGCAUAAGUAUUGAAGGCCGAUCAGAAACAGAAGGCAGUUACAUAAAUAGUGAGUGAGUUUAGUUUUAUGCCGCACUAAGCAAUGUUCCAGCAGUUUGUAAAUCGAUUCACAUAAUCCAGUGAUCAACAGCAUGAACAUCGAUCUACGCAACAGGGAUACGAUGACCUGUUACAACCAAGUCAGAGAGCCUGACCACCUGAUCCCGUUAGUCGUCUCACGACUGGGUUACUGAAGACCCCCGGGUUUUCACAGAAAUAAUGGUCCUCAGAAACUGUCAGACAUUCAAAGAAAGUGUCAGUCGGGAAUGUCACAGUACGAGGUGGGAUCUCCCCUCCGUCUUACAAUAACAAAAACGUUCUUGCAUGCAGAAAACUUGACCUGCACAAAGCUAUUGGCUGAUAAGAUAACAAGGUCUGAGUAAUACCACAGGCUUACAUUCAGGCAGAAGUGUCGGGUGACGUGUAUAUUCAGGACUUUAUCCGAUAAAGGCUCCCCCCAUAUGAUGUUCCAGAUAAAGACUGCCUGGGUCUUCGUAUUCAUCUUUUGGAUGUUUGACGAUUACCAAGGCAUUCACUCCUAUCAUCUCAACCAUACAGCAUGCAGAUACUUUCCCUUUAUUAUCGAGUCCCCACUUUGUCCUGGGAAUGGUCACCUCGCUCCUGUAGAGCUGAUAUUUGGAGACUCAUCUGUUGGUACUUGUCACCAAGAUGCUGAUACAGGAAUACAAGGACCACUUCGAGACAGUGAGCGGAACAGUGAAUGUUGUCAUGUACACAACAAUGAUCACGUUGACAGAUUUUGUUUACCAUUUAUGAAGGGAAACGUCACUGGUAAAUACAACGAUCUCCUUGGACAGUGUAGCCGGGGAAGCAAGUGUGAUUUGGGAACUGUGAACCACCAUUUUGACGACACUUUCCGAACAAACGAUUACAUGUCCUUGGAAUACGACUGUGUUGAUGACAAUGACACUUUGCAUGUGAAGUCUAACUCUUCCCUGUCUGGAGAGACAGUGUACCUGAUCAGUGAGGUUACAGAUGGGAGUGCAACAGGGGAUACUUGUGUCGUCUAUGCUGCAGACUGUGAUGCUGGGGUUGACGUGCUUGUCGUUGACAGUGUUCAAGAUAAGUAUAGUCCGUACUGCAAAAUAGCCUUUAUGAAUGAGACUUCCACGCUCAAAGAAUUUGAUUGUGCACGGAAUACAGUUGUGAAGGAUUGUAACAACAUCCUAUACAGCACGAACGACAAUCAUGUUCGUAUGAAUCUGACAAUGACGUUUACUCCCGAUCGCACACAGAAACAGUUUUUCUGGAUGAAAAUCAAAGCAACAAGCGGCAAUGUGACUGUAUCUUGUGGAACAAAACAACCGACACAUGUAGCUUCCUGUACGACAACUAGUACAACUACAACUACAACUACUACAACUACUACUACAACUACAACCACAACUACAUCUCCAACUUCAACUGCAACGACAACUACAACCACAACUUCAUCUCCAACUUCAACUACAACGACAACGACAACUACAACCACAACUUCAUCUCCAGCUUCAACUGCAACUACAACGACAACGACCGCAACAAACAGAGAAAUCAACGUUUCUGAAGCAUUAACUCAGUCAACAGGAGAUCACACUACAGACGAUCCGGAAAAGGACAAUUCGUCUUUGGAAAAAGUGAUUGGUGGCGGCAUUGCAGGAGUGGCGGUCACAAUUGUGGUUAUAAUUGUAACCAUCGCGGUAUGCAGGCGAAGACGACGACGGAAUCGCAACAACACGGACAUAACUGCACAGAUCAAGACGACGGAAACAAUCAAGCUCGGAAAUCACGUUUAGAACGAACCACUGAGGAAUAUCUUUGAUUCAAAUGAAACGUCUACCACCGUAUUCACGUUACGACAGAGGUGGAUGACACAUGCCUGGUGUGGAAUUAUAAUGUUGGGAUGCGCUAGCUGUACACCAACUCUCUUAAUGACACACAUUGGCACAGUGAUAUAUCAUGUCGCCCGUGAUUCUGUAAUUAACACUGAAUACAUAUUAAUCAAGGACACCUAUAUGUGCCCAUAUACUCUCCAAACUGUACCUGGAUCUGUUGACUUUCUUUUCUCAGUAAUUAUCUAUUUGCUUCCUUUUAAAGUGUUCCUGCGUCA